CCAAGGUGAUAGUAACAUUGUAACAACUAUCAACUUUUUAUAAAGAACAAAGGGUCUGGUUUGCAUGCAUUGCUUUUGAGGGUGGAACUUGGAACAAGUUUUGGUGACAUGCUUGGGAUUAUUAUAUCUUUCUUCAAUUGGUGCUCCUUUAAUGCUUGAUUGAAUGCCUCUAAGAAACUAAACUUUCUUUUGUUUGGCUUUACUAUUUGUGUGGCCUAAACUUGGAUUGAACCUUUGAUUGAGAGAAGUUGUCACUUGAAAAUGAGAAUGGUGUUUGGGAAUACAAGAUGUGUGAGAUUUCAAGAUGAUGCUGAACUAGCCAAAAUCUCAACAACUAAUGGUGACAAUGGAAUUAAGCUACUUAGUUCCAAUAAAGAUCACAACAAUAGAGAAGCAAGAAAAGCAAGGAAGUUCUUGAAAGCCAGAGUAUUAUCAAGAGUUUUCUCAGAAGACUAUGAGAGAGUAAGAAGAAGGAUUUUAGACCCAAGAGGACAAACCAUUCACAGAUGGAACAAGAUUUUCUUGGUAGCAUGUUUAGUUUCUUUGUUUGUGGACCCUCUAUUCUUUUACUUGCCACUAGUUCAACAUCAAGUGUGCAUUGGUAUUGGAACAACACUUGAAGUGAUCCUCACUAUUAUCAGAUCAAUAGCAGAUUUAUUCUACAUGAUUCAGAUCAUCAUGAGGUAUCGCACGGCUUAUGUUGCGCCUUCUUCGCGUGUUUUCGGUAGAGGAGAGCUUGUUAUAGACCCUGCAAAGAUAGCAGCUAGGUACUUCUUCAAGGGUUUCUGGCUAGACUUUGUUGCCGCAUUACCCCUUCCUCAAGUGCUGAUCUGGAUUGUGAUCCCCAAUCUUGGAGGCUCAACCAUGGCGAACACAAAAAAUGUCCUUCGAUUCAUCAUCAUUUUUCAAUAUAUACCAAGGCUGUUUCUGAUUUUUCCACUUUCAUCCCAAAUUGUAAAGGCUACUGGGGUUGUGACAGAGACAGCAUGGGCUGGUGCUGCUUAUAACCUCAUGCUUUACAUGCUGGCUAGCCAUUUUUUUGGAGCUUGCUGGUACCUUCUAUCAAUUGAAAGACAAGAAGCAUGCUGGAGGAGAGUCUGUGAUAUGAAAAAUUCAUCUUGUAAAUAUAGUUUCUUCGACUGCAACAUGGUUAAAAAUCCACUCAGGGACUCAUGGUUUAAGGGAAGUAAUGUCACAAAGUUAUGUUCACCAGAAGCUAAGUUUUAUCCCUUUGGCAUAUAUGGUGAUGCAGUCACAUCAAGAGUUACAACCUCACCAUUCUUUAAGAAGUACUUCUAUUGCCUUUGGUGGGGUCUCAGGAAUUUGAGUUCUUUAGGACAAAAUCUACUCACUAGCACUUUUGUUGGAGAAAUAAUGUUUGCCAUUCUGGUUGCAACCCUUGGAUUGGUUCUUUUUGCAUUACUCAUUGGUAAUAUGCAGACAUACCUUCAAUCAACAACUGUGAGGCUAGAAGAGUGGAGGGUCAAAAGAACUGAUACAGAACAAUGGAUGCAUCACAGACAGCUUCCUCAAGAACUAAGACAAUCCGUGCGCAAAUACGAUCAGUAUAAAUGGCUGGCGACUCGAGGAGUGGACGAAGAAGCCCUUCUCAAAGAUCUUCCAUUAGAUCUUCGAAGAGACAUCAAGCGCCAUCUUUGUAUCGAGCUGGUUCGACGAGUUCCAUUGUUUGAACAAAUGGAUGAGAGGAUGCUAGAUGCAAUAUGUGAAAGGCUAAAGCCUUCAUUGUGCACAGAAAGCACAUAUCUUGUCCGAGAAGGCGAUCCGGUCAACGAAAUGCUCUUCAUAAUCAGAGGAAAUCUUGAUUCCUACACAACCAAUGGCGGCCGGACCGGAUUCUUCAACUCGUGCCGGAUCGGCCCUGGCGAUUUCUGCGGCGAGGAACUCCUAACUUGGGCCUUAGAUCCAAAACCAAGUGUGAUAAUACUUCCUUGUUCCACAAGAACAGUUAAGGCCAUAUCAGAAGUUGAAGCAUUUGCACUCAUGGCAGAAGAUUUGAAAUUUGUUGCAUCACAAUUUAGAAGAUUGCAUAGCAAGCAACUUAGGCACAAGUUCAGGAUUCACUCACACCAAUGGAGAACUUGGGCUGCAUGUUUCAUACAAGCUGCAUGGAGAAGGUUCAAGAAGAGAAAAGAAGCUGCUGAAUUGAGGGCAAGAGAGGAAAAUGAGGCUGAAACACAUGCAACAAGGAGCAAUAGGAAGGGUAUGGAUGUAAAUUCAGGUGCAGAUUCUGAAGUAGUAAGCUCUUUGCAGAAGCCAGCUGAACCAGACUUUUCUGUUGAUGAGUGAUGAUGAAUCUUUCUUACAAGUCUCUUCAUCAUUGUGUAAUUAUUUUAAUUAUUUAUUUAUUCAUAAUUUUUUUCUUUU